CCACAGUAGAGUCCCGAGGGGCAAUAUGAUAUGGUUUCAUUCGGAAACCUCUGAUUUUAUACUGCACUUAAUACCGGUAAAGAAUAAGAUCCGAACACAUUAGUUGGAGUGUAUCGAGUAUAAAUAGAAAUACUGAGGGACCGUUCUGCAUUACUCACUGGAACGCAGGAAAUCGGAGUCUGAACAGACACAAAUUCACAGGAAAUCACAAUGAGAUACACCCUAGCAGUUUUAGUGACUCUCUGGGUGGUGGGUAUUAAUGCAGUUUAUGAGGUACCCGUACAGAAGGGUAGGAUAUGGGGGAGGCAGAAAGAGCGUAAAAUGAAAGGCUGGUGCGAAUUUGAACUGAACGAAUACAGAGAUACAGGGGAAAUCAAAAUGGAUCUCAUCUUUGACAAGUCCACACGAAAUCUCAAGAUAUGGUUAAUGAAUAUUGAGAAAACACUAAACAACGGACGGUUUUAUGAAUUAUCUAACAAACAUCCAUAUCAAAACAUGCUGUUAAAAGUUGAAUUCAUAUUAUCAUAUACUGGUGGACAGAAAAACUACCCAAAGGGUAAAUGCAUAAGUAAUAUUACGCCGCCAUCUCCAACGACUCUAAAACCCAGUACACAAGCACCUGUGACGCAAUCCAGCAACACUCCACAGUCUUCUGUAGCAACACCAACACAGCAACCUUCAACGGCAGCACCAUCUCAGCAACCAUCAACUGAGGCAGCAAAGCUGCAACCUGCGACAUUGGCACCAACACAGCAACCUUCAACCGCAACACUAAUACAACAGCCGGCUUAUCAGGCAUCAAGAACAGAUGCCCCCAUGAACACAACACAUGAUUAUGGGUUUAUUCUCCAUCAAUCAAUUUUAUUCUAUGAAGCCCAACAAGCUGGCAACCUUACAAACAACAGGAUUUCUUGGAGGAAAAAUGCUACCACAUUAGAUAGAGGGAUUAAUGGAGAAGAUCUGACUGGAGGAUGGUAUGAUGCUGGUGACAUUGUGAACUUUAACCUCCCUAUGGCCGGUUCCACCACAAAUUUGGCCCUAGGUUUGUUGUAUUGGAAGGACGCUUAUGAAAAGCCCGGGGAAUUGGAUAAUAUGUACAACUCAAUUAAGUGGCCUUUAGACUACUUCAUAAAGUGUUGGAACACCAACAAGACGAUUUACUACGCACAGGUAGGCAAUGGUGCUCAAGAUCAUUCAAAAUGGCGACGGCCCGAGAACAUAACCACCCCAAGGCCUGUCUAUUACCUGGACACCAAUAAAAAAGGAAGUGACGUGGUAGGGGAGACUGUGGCCGCCAUGGCUGCUGGAGCUAUUGUCUUCAAAGAUAAAGAUCCUGUAUAUUCCCAAAGACUUCAUUCCAGUGCUGAGAGCUUAUACGGUUUUGCCAAAACAAUAAAAGGUUUAUACAACAGCGACAUUAGUGACGCAGAUGGUUUCUACAAGUCGUCUCGGUAUCAAGAUGAAUUGUGUUCCAGUGCGACACUUCUGUACAUGCUGACAGACAAUACUACCUAUCUAACAGAGGCUGAGUCCUUUUAUAAUGAAUACGCUACAGACAACGCGCCUUGGGCUUUCGACUGGGACGAUAAAACCGCUCUUUGCCAAGUGUUAUUGUACAACGCUACCCAGAAAUCUGUGUACAAAUCUAGAACGGAGACCUUUGUGAAGUCUUACAUGCCGGGAGGUUCCCUCCCCUAUACUAAGUGUGGACUGGCAUUCCGAUUAGAAUGGGGUUCAUUACGAUACUCAGCUAAUGCAGCGUUCAUCUCCUUGCUGGCUGCACAGAAUGGCAUUGGUGACGCAGAUUCUUACAAGACGUGGGCAAUGUCACAAAUUCACUAUAUGGUUGGCGACAACAACAAGAACUUUAGCUAUGUGAUUGGUUAUGGAUCUAGUUAUCCUUUGAGACCGCAUCAUAGCGGAAGUUCCUGUUCGCCUGCACCUGCACCUUGUAACUGGAAUACAUUCAAAAGUAAAGACCCUAAUCCCAACAUCCUUUAUGGGGCUCUGGUUGGUGGACCAGAUCAAAAUGAUUCCUAUGUUGAUGAGAGAGACAACUUCAAAACAAAUGAAGUGACGUGCGACUACAAUGCCGGGUUUCAGUCCGCGGUAGCAGGAUUACUCCAUUUUGCUCUAAAUGGCAAUCUUCCAGCUGCUCCUGCACGGAAAUGUUAAAAUAAUCAAUGGUGCAUUGUUUAUAUCUUAGUGAUAAUAAAUGCAGCAA